UUGGGCCAAUUGGAAAUUAAUUUCUGGCAAACCCACACGCCCAAAUUCGUAAUCGUCUGGCCCAAUACCUCUUGCAUGCUCUCCACACACCGCCGUGUUCUAUCCACCAGCAGCCUCCGCCGCCGCCUGCAAACUCUGCUGCCGGCACCGCAACGAACACCGUCUCAUUCGGAAUCUUGGCAUAGAAAAUUGGUGCUAAUCAUCAACAAUCGCUGGAGGUUGCAGCAUUGCAGAAAGUAAUGGAGGAACAAGAUUGUGAGAAAGAAUCGGUGAAGUUGGCUUCAGAAGAGAUCUCCCACGAAUUCAAAACCCUUGUCAACUCAAAUGAUCUCCAAUCACUUAAUCAUUUACAGAACACCAUAUUGGGAAGAUUGCAGGACAGUAAUGCCGUGUUGUCACACUUCAAUGAGUUCUCUGAACAUUGCUAUGCCGAGAUUUCUGGAGAUCUCGCCAGGAACACUCGAAUUCUCAAGUCUAUCAAGACUGACCUUGAUUAUAUUUUUCAGAAGCUAAGUAUGAAGUCAAAAAUUUUGAACACCUAUCCAGAUGCAUUUCCUGCAGAUUCGGAGAGCGAAGUAGUUGAUAGGAGACCAGAUCUUGAAAUACCCAAGAUUGGCAUGAAACGCAGGAAGUUCCCUAGUCUUGUCGCUGUAGCUAUGGAUGCACCUAGCAUUGGAUCAACUGGAGGGGUGGAAUGUGCUGGCAUAUCUGAAACUAGAGCAAAGGGUGGUGGCCAAUCAUUUGAAACGGUAGUAAUGGCUGCAGGUGGACCAACAGAACCUGCUGCAGGGGGCUUGUUGUGGAGCAAUUCGAGCAUGGGACUGUCUUCUUUUAGGGAAAAGUUUUGUUGGUCUGGUCUUUUCUUUUACAACCUAUUAAAAGUAGUAGAAAAAUGUUAACAAUUGUAGUAAAAAAAAUAACAAGAAAAUUAUAAGGGAGUUAGAAUAGAACCUGUUGAAAGUCUUCAUUCUCUGAUACAAUAGGCUAGCUCACGUCAAGCUCAAUCUCAGUGGCAUGACCCUCAUCCUAGACUUCAUUUUUAGCAGUUGCAGAGGAUUGGAUGUAGCAACAUUGGCAGCAGCAAUAGCUGCUAUGUAGCUGCAGCCACAUCUUCAACCUUCUUCUUGGGACAGUUCCUCUUGUUAUGACCUUUGCCAGUGC